AAGAGUUUGUGUAGGGGCGGGGGAGUUAGUAGCGAGCUCACAGCUGCUUGUUGUCAUGGAGGAGCAAAGAUGGCAGUCCUGGCCUACAGCCUGGGCAAGCGAGAAAUAAACCAACAUUUUACCAUUAAAAACGCCAAGCUGGUAUCGUUGGUGCUCGUUAUACUGCUCUUCAUAUUCCACACGGCUUCGCGGUAUUUCGGAGGCGGAGAUUCUUGUGAAUGGCUGCUGUCCAGCGGACGUUACUUGGGGGAGAAUGUGUGGCAGCCUUAUGGCUGCAUGAUGCACAAAUACAAAAGCAUGGAAGCCAAAACUUGCCUUUCAAAAAAGCGAGUGGCCUUUUUAGGAGAUUCCCGAAUCAGACAGCUAUUUCAUUCCUUCAUCAAAGUUAUUGACCCUGGCCGAAGAGAUGGCGGUGUCAAGCAUGAAGACAUUUCUUUUGAAGAAAAGAGCUCCUCUCUUUAUGUGGACAUGCUGUGGUAUCCAGAGGCAAAUAAUUCAAUGAAGGAGCGUUUGAUAUCAUGGACACACGAAGGUUCCGCAAAGCCAGAUGUUGUCAUCCUUGGUGUUGCAACAUGGUCGAUCAAGUUGCAUGGGGGUCGCAGUGAGACGUUACAGCAGUACAAAGUCAACGUGACAGCCAUCGGCAUUCACCUGGAGAGGCUGGCCGAGCAUGGGGAGGUCUACUGGGUCCUGCAAGACCCCGUCAAUGAGGAGGUGUUGAGCAAGGACAGGAAGAUGAUCACCAACCAACAGCUGGAAAAGUACAAUGAAGUGGCAGUGGACGCGCUCGGCGGCAGCAAACGUCUUGACAGUUCGCGGGUUAAGCUGAUGUCCGCAAAACGCCAGGCGGCGUUAGAGACAAUUGGCCAGACGAGCGACGGACUACACAUGCCUGAAAGCACCGUAGAUGUGGGAGCCAUGGUGCUGAUGAACGCUGUGUGCAACAAGCUCCUGAGGCCCAUCGACGGCUCCUGCUGCCAGACGUUACCACCACCUAACCUCUUCCAGAAACUAAGCGCCUGCUUUUUUGUGAGCUCUGCCCUCGUCCUCCUGACCAUCCACAUCCUCGGCAACAACCGCCAACAUCGGCCCGUUCCGCCGGACGUGGAGAGUCUUGGAGAGAAAAAGCCAUCGACGGCAGCAGCCCCUCUGGGUCUGAAGGCACCGUUCCAGGCCUUGUGCAGGAUGGGAGUGAUCAUGGCGUACUUUUACCUUUGUGACCGGGCCGACGUGUUCAUGAAGGAGCAGAAGUUCUACACACACUCCACAUUCUUCAUUCCGCUAAUCUAUAUAUUUGUCCUGGGGGUUUUCUACAGCGAGAACAGCAAAGAGAGCAAACUAUUGAAUCGUGAGCAAACAGACGAGUGGAAAGGCUGGAUGCAGCUGGUCAUCCUCAUCUAUCACGUGUCGGGAGCAAGCGCUUUUGUUCCUGUCUACAUGCACGUGCGUGUGCUGGUCGCCGCUUACCUUUUCCAGACGGGCUAUGGACACUUUUCCUUCUUUUGGCUGAAAGGAGACUUUGGACUGUACAGAGUGUGCCAGGUUCUUUUCCGUCUCAACUUCCUGGUGUUGAUUUUGUGCGUGGUGAUGGACAGGCCAUACCAGUUCUAUUACUUUGUCCCACUCGUCACCUUCUGGUUCGUUGUCAUCUACGGCACGCUGGCCAUGUGGCCACAGAUCCUGCAGAAGCGAGCCAACACUAGCGGCAUGUGGCAUCUUGGUGUCCUGGCGAAGCUUCUGGGACUUCUGGUCUUCAUCUCUGUCUUUGCCUACUCACAGGGUUUCUUUGACAGCAUCUUCUCAGUCUGGCCCCUCUCCAAACUCUUUGAGCUCAACGGAAGCAUCCAUGAAUGGUGGUUUAGAUGGAAGCUGGACAGAUUUGCGGUGAUACACGGCAUGUUGUUUGCCCUCAUCUACCUGCUGUUGCAGAAGCGCCAGGUGCUGUUCGAGGGCAAAGGAGAGACACUGUUUUCGGCCAGGAUCUCCAACCUGCUCCUCUUCUUCUCUGUCAUCACCUUCAUCACAUAUUCUGUGUGGGCAAGCAAGUGCAAGAAGAAAAGCGAGUGCAACGAGAUGCAUCCAUAUGUUUCUGUGGUGCAGAUCUUAGCCUUCAUUCUCAUUCGCAACAUCCCAGGCUAUGCUCGCUCAGUCUACAGCUCAUUCUUUGCCUGGUUUGGCAAGAUUUCCUUGGAGCUGUUUAUCUGUCAGUACCAUAUCUGGCUGGCGGCGGACACCAAGGGCAUCCUGAUCCUGAUCCCGGGAAACCCUUCUCUGAACAUCAUGGUCAGCUCCUUUAUCUUCGUGUGCGUAGCUCACGAGAUCUCGCUCAUCACUAACGACCUCGCCCAGGUGGUUAUCCCAAAGGACACGGUGGCUCUGCUGAAAAGAGUGGGGGCUGUUGGGGUCCUGGCGCUACUGGUCCAGAUGAUGACCAGAGACAGUUCGCCGGCGCAUGGGACCUGAUUAAGACCUGCUGACUCUCUAUUUAGGAUGAGGAGGCUGCUGAUGGACCACACGACUCGUCUGCCUGCUGUGUUAGUCGCACACUGAAGAACUAUUCCAAAACAAGUUUACAUGAGCCAUUAGUUCAAGCAUUUCAAGACUUACAGCAGACUGAAGGAUCAACAUUCCGUCCACUUCAACUAUCUGCUUCUGCUUGAUGACCUUCAAUACUUCAAAUAUGCAAACUCGCUCUGACAUGACACAUUUUGCUAACUUUUUGUGUGAGUAAUUUGGUCCUGUGGUCAUCUGCUGUCGCUCUGAAAUUCUGUGUAAUACAUGUACAGUAUUUAAUUAUUUAAAAUGAAGCUGAUGUUUUAUACUUUUAUUUUGUAACUUUGGUGAAUUGAAGACAAGUAUUAGGUUUGACGAUCGUAGAAGAUGCACUUCACAAGUUAGCCACACGUUGCAAGACAAGCACAGACUGGCACAACAAGAAACAUUUGGCCCUGUCGCCGCCUACAGCACUUUUGACUCCAUGUUAAAGAAGUGCAGACUAUUUUCUGCGCUUAAGCAGCUUUUUAUUAAGGAAAUCAAGUGACUGAUACAUUUUGUAUUUGUAAUUGAACAUUAUUAUUAUUCCAUGGAUCACUUCCAGUCAUCGUGGUACUUCAUUGUUCAUUUUGGUAGCGUAACAGCGACGACUAUUUAUAUACUCUUUGAAAGAUGUUACACAAGUAACCCUUUUUUUGUGACGUCUUAAAAAAUGUGAAAGUAUCCAUAUUAUUUAUAAAUACAUUUUAUUCUGCUGUACUGUACAUAACAUUGGUAAAAAAAAAAAUUAUAAAAUGUGCACUGUUGCCUUCUACUAUGUGCAGAUUUGUAUUCAUUUAACAAACUAAGGGUGUUGAAAACUAUUUAAAUCCAAAUUGCGGUUCUCACAUAUUCCUAAAAUACUUGACUUCAUAAAAGGACAUGUCCACGCUUACUUGCUGUGGGUUUAGGUCAGGUUUCAUUUUGAUUUUUCUAUCAAGUAACUACAUUGCAAGAAUGAUUUGAAUCGGCCGUUGUUUUUAAUUGAGAAUCUAAUCGUGAGUUGCAGGAUUGACAUCUCUAAUAAACACCCAUACAAAACAA